UGAAAUAUAAAACUGUAGAGUAUUUCUUUGUGAAUCUGCAUCUUUGCAUCAGUUGCCAAGAGUACACGAGUGGGCUAGCACUGAAUGUCCUAGCAGUACAAGAAGUUAAAAAUGAUAGUGAAAAUCGUGUGGAUCGUGUUAUUAUUGGUUACUUCAGCUGUUUUGCUAAUGGGUCUCCCUUUGAAUGAGAAUCCUGAAUUACUAAGUUACAGCUCUUCAAGAAGUGAUAAUGGUUAUGACUUCAGCUAUUCUAUCGAUGGACAAUCUCGUGAUGAACACGCUAUGAUUAUUUUGCAGAAGGAUGGGGACAAGGAAGUUGAAUUUUUGGAGAUCAGAGGAUCAUAUUCUUUCGUUGGGGAUGACAAUCACUACUACAUAGUGAAUUACGUUUCUGGAAUUGAUGGUUAUCGAGCCAAUCUUACUAUUAGCACCCUUCCUGACGAAGAGACUCCUAAAGUGCCCUAUAUUGCACCGCUUGUUCUGAAGUCUCUUGUUGGUUAAUCAUUUAAUCAAACAAAAUCUUUUAUCUUGAGAAAUAUGUACACUAAUUAAUUCAACUGAAUAUACGU